UGUCAAAAAUAUUGAAAAUUCACAAUAUAACAUUAUAAAAACGAAAAAUGGAAUUUUUUAAUGACUUUAUUGCAGUUAGCGUAGAUUUAACUUUGCUUGGGUUUUGUGUACGUGAAUAUGUACACAGCAGACGAGCAUUCCAGGUGCUAAAGACGGCGCCACAAUAUAAAAUCGAUGGUCAGUUGAAAUCAAUCGUGGAGCGUCAGCCUGGCAAAAAGAUUCCGUAUGCGGUAAUCAGGGGAUCAGUAAGCCCCAUUUCAACGCUCCCUGACCACAAGAUAACCAAUGGAAUGAUAUAUGAAUUGCGUAACCAAGAACAUGGCGUAGAGAUCGGGAAUACCAUUGGAGCAGUUGUUUUGAAUGUCGACUUGGUUUAUGAUGACUUCAAUCACUCCUCUUCUUCGGUUUUUGAUCACGUUUGUGGUUUCUUCUCCGGCGUUCGUCAGAGGAGAUUGCAAACCGCGGAGGAGGUUUUAAGGGAAGGAUCAUUCCUCACUGCUUUUGGGGAACUAAAACUGGAUGGAGAUACCUUGCGUUUGCAGUCUUCGCAAAAAGGACCUCUACUCAUUACCACAGCCAGCAAACGGACUUUGUUUAAGCGUUUAGAAAACGUCAAUAAAGGCAAUUUACUAAAACUGCUAGUUUGCAGCGCUAUUUCCAUUGUCCUGAUUGCUUUUAUUCUCAGAAAAAUUCAUCGGCGGAGGAAAGUUCAAAUAGAGGAGGUCAUAAUACACAAUCGCCUUGAGUUGGAACGCAGACAGAACCGUUCUUUAAAUCUUUCCCAGGAUAUGUUAUGUGUGGUGUGCUGCGCCAAUCGCAAAGAGAUCAUUAUACUUCCGUGUGGCCAUGUGUGUCUUUGCGAAGAGUGUUCUCAGAAAAUAACAGUUUCUUGUCCCGUGUGUCGUGGAACCAUAACCUCUAAAGCAGCUGCCUUUAUCGUCUAGAAAUCGAAUUACUAUUGUCCUUAUAGUAGGACCUAUUAGUGUUUAUCUGUUGAUCGAAUUACAAAAUUUUAUAAAGUAACUUCUCUCUCCAUAUUUCUUUAAA